AUGGGGCGCACAAAACGCCAGGACGGCUCCCAGACACCCAGGGCUCACCCGAGCAGCUCACAGACGGGACCCAUAGAUGGGUAUGUAGCCCCGUCGACGGCUGGACACCGCGAGGCGGCGGGCGCAAAUAUGGCCGACUCCCCGACACGCUCACUCACAUCUGAGCAGGCUGAACCCUCGCUGGCCGAUAUCAGCGCAGACAUCAGGGCACUGGCAGUGACAAUGGUGACAAAGGAGGACAUGAGAGCCCUCUCUGAUACCCUGCACGCGGCGAUCCGCACAGAGGUGACCUCACUCAGGGCUGAAAUCACAACACAGGCUACCAGGAUGCAGGCAGCUGAAUCCACUGUGCAAGCUAUGGGAGACAGGCUGGAAGCCACCAAUACUGCAAUACACAGGCAAGACAACAUUCUCUUACAAUUAAGGCGGCAAACAGAGGAUCUUGACAACAGGGGCCGCAGAUCAAACACAAGGGUCCGCUGCCUACCUGAGCCUGAAGGGAACGAAGACGUAGAAGCUACAUUACAGACGCUGUUCCGAGAUAUCCUAGGGACAGAGGCGCCGGAAUCCAUGGUGUUUGACAGAGCACACAGGGCUGCCAGAGCUCGCGCGACUGAUAACACACCGCGAGACAUUAUCUGCUGCCUACACGCCUACAAACUAAAGGAGAAAAUAAUGAACAAAGCCCGUUCCAGACCCACCUGGCGAUUCCGUGAUGCGGAGGUGGCCCUGUAUCAAGACCUGUCUCCUCUUACGCUAGAGGCCCGCAGGGCACUGAGACCUGUCACUACGCUCCUCAGGGACAGAGGGAUCCCAUAUAAAUGGGGUUUCCCCUUUAUGCUUUUAGCCAGACAUCACGAUGAAUGGUUCCCACUAAGAUGGCCAGAAGAAGUGCCCAGAUUUCUACAGCGCCUUAAUCUUCCACCCACAGAGGUCACCGACUGGAUCCUGGGGCCGACGGACCAGAGACAAGGGCCCCAAACUCCUGGCCAGCAGCGAAGAAGGAGAGACAACACGCCAAGGCGCCCACAGACCCGCAGGCAACUGGUGCCCACGGACCCGGAGGAGUGAAGAUAGGAAUCCCUCCUGCUCCCACCAGGCAAGGAGGACAGACCACGACACGUGCACCAUACCCGAGCUUGCAGAUCCUAGCGGAACCCAGAGUCACCUUAUGCACCGCAGAACACAGAUAA